UGUGUGAUGUGUGACACUGUCAAGCAUCUAUAAGCGUCAUUUAUCAACUUUAGUUUUCCGGAAAAAGUGGCAUAUAUUCCAAAAACAAAAAGAUUGUACUAUUUACCAUAUCUCCAACCUACUCUAAAGCAUAUCACAAGAACGCAUAAGUAGGACGUUAAAUAGUUCCCAUAAAAUAAGCAAUGGCCGAUUCUGAUGAUGAGUACGAUCGCAAACGCCGCGAUAAAUUUCGCGGUGAACGUAGCUCUGGUGACAGUUACCGUUCGGAACGCCGUGAUGAUCGCCGAGGGGGUGGUGGGGGAGCCGGUGGCCGUGACGAUUGGCAAGAGCGAGGUAAUCCAUUUAGAGGAGGAGCUGGUGGUCGUCCCAGGCCCGAUUACCGCGAUUAUCGUGGAGCAAGAGAUCGUUAUGGUUCGCCAGACCGAGAAAUGCCGCCAGCAAAACGAAUGAGGCCCGCAUGGGGCGAUGAUUUGCGAGCUAAUCACAGAUAUGGACCCUACGACCCCUAUUUAUUGCAUGCCUGGAACGAACAUUAUGCAGCUCACAGUUUACAUAGCGCCUAUGGUGGAGCUAUGGCCCAUGGUGCUCAUGCCCGCGAAACGGCAGCAAACAGCGACCUACAAACUCAACCAGCCAUGAUGACAUUAAAGCAAUUCUUAGACACCCAGGACGAUGGCAUUUCCGAUACCGAAGUUCUGCGCAAAUAUAAUGAGUACAAAUUGGAAUUUAAGCGUCAGCAACUGAACGAAUUCUUUGUGGCCCACAAGGAUGAGGAGUGGUUCAAAAAUAAAUAUCACCCUCUGGAUAGUGUCAAACGUAAAGAUGAACAACUAAACUUUCUCAAGAAACGUGUGGAAGUUUUCGAGGAGCUACUGCAAAACGGCAUGAUACAGAAAGUCUCUGUUGACACUAUACAGACUGAUGCAUUGCUACGGGUCUUGGACACAGUGGUUAUUAAGUUGGAGGGUGGCACCGAGGAAGAUCUGAAAAUUUUGGAUGAAAAGCCCAAAGAGCCCUCAUAUCCAGAGCGCAUUUUCGAGAAGAAGAAUGACAAUGACGAUGAUGUUAUCAUAACAUCUGUCGAAAAGAAGGCCGCCAAUGAUGGCGAUGAACCAAAGUGUGUAUCUCCCAAACCAAUUAGACGUAAAAGUGGUUCAGACAAUGAAGAAAACUGGGACGAUGACACCGAAAAUAAGCCCAAGCCAGCCAGUGAGGAAAAGAAAAAGAAAUCCCUUAAACGAAAGCGCACAAGCUCAGAUUCGUCUUCAUCGUCGUCAUCAGACUCGGAUUCUUCAAGUUCUUCAUCUAGUAGCGAGGAUGAGGCAGACGACAAAGAAGUAAAAAGCAAAUAUGAUCUGGAAGAUGUAAAGAAUGAGUCAAAAGAGGAAGAAGAUGAAGAGGAUAAGAAGAGCUCAAAGGAAGAGGCAGAAGCAGAUGAUGCCGAGAAGUUGAAGUCUGCAGAAGACGAUAAAAUAGAAGAGGUGAAAAAGAUGUCAGACAAUGAACAAGAACCGGAGAAACUAAUUGAAAAUGGCAAUGGUGAUAUGGAGAAAAAUGCGGAAAGCGUAGAAAAAGCCAAUGGUGAAAAUUUAGAAGAAGGUGAAAAAAUGACCGAAGACAAACCUAUGGAAGAUGAAGAAGAAACAGACAAGAAGUCCCAAGAAAAGACAGACGAGAAAGAGGAUGAGGACGAGGAGAAGAAGGAAGCGGUAACGGAGCUCGAUGCCGAAGAAGAGAAAAAGGAAAUAGACGACCAACCCGAGACUAUCGAUUUAGACAAAGUCAAGGAUGGUCCCCAGGCAAGAGCAUUGCAUAGAACCUCUUCCAUAUUUUUGCGCAAUCUGGCUCCCUCCAUUACGAAGAGUGAAAUUGAAGCCGUCUGCCAGAAAUUCGAUGGUUUUCUUAGGGUUGCCAUAGCCGAUCCUUUGGUGGAACGUCGUUGGUAUCGCCGUGGAUGGGUAACAUUCAAACGUGAUGUUAACAUCAAGGAAAUCUGCUGGAAUCUAAAUAAUACACGAUUGCGAGAUUGUGAAAUGGGAGCCAUUGUCAACAGAGAUUUGAGCCGUCGUGUCAGGCCGGUGAAUGGCAUGACAGCCCAUAAGACUGUAAUAAGGGCCGAUAUUAAGUUAUGUGCAAAAAUUGCCAUGAAUCUUGAUGAAAAGUUUAAGCUAUGGCAAUCUUCAAAUUCUGCUGAAACCAAGAGUGAUGCCGAAAAUAGACAUGCCAAUGACUCCAGUGCGGGUGUUGAUGUAAACAACACUUCGAGUUCCUCCUCGUAUGGCUUCAAAACCAACAACCCCGUAUUGCAAAACAUUACCGAUUUUCUCAUUGAAGAGGCUUCUGCUGAGGAGGAAGAGCUUUUGGGCAUUUCGGGCGAGAAUAAGGAGACCGAAGGCGAAGCCAUUGAAAGGGAUCCCCAAUUGAUAUCGGUCUUGGAUAACUUGAUUUUGUAUUUGCGAAUAGUGCAUUCGGUGGAUUUCUAUAAUCAUUGCGAAUAUCCCUAUGAGGAUGAAAUGCCCAAUCGUUGUGGUAUUAUACAUGCACGAGGGCCUCCGCCUUCGAAGGUCUCACAGAACGAUAUGCAAGAUUAUAUAAAGAAUUUCGAAAGUAAAAUGCAAACAUUUUUGGCCAAGACCACCACCAUAGAGCUAGAGGAAUUGAAAAAUCUGGGAGCCAAGGAUGCCGAAAACGAAGUGGAGAAAUUCAUACAAGCCAAUACACAAGAAUUGGCCAAGGACAAAUGGUUGUGUCCGUUGUCGGGCAAAAAAUUCAAAGGGCCCGAAUUUAUACGCAAGCAUAUAUUUAACAAACACGGCGAGAAGGUGGAGGAGGUGCGCAAAGAGGUGGAGUUCUUCAAUAACUAUUUGAAGGAUCCCAAGAGACCUCAGCUACCAGAACAUCCUGGUAAUACAAAACGAACAACAUCCGAAUCCAGUGGAGGCUACAGAGCACCUGUAUAUCCACCGGCGGCCUACGCACCCCCCUAUGCAGCCUACGCCCCUCCCCUAAUGAUACCAGGACGUGGCCGUGGCUUUGGUGGACCCGGACGAAGAGAAUUACCCAUAGAACAUCAACGUCGUAUUAUCGGCUAUCACGAUUUGGAUGCUCCCGCCAAUUUCGAUAUGUUUGAAUAAACAAGAAAAGAAAGAAAGAGCGAAAGAAAACCACGAUCACUUCACAUACUGCUUGUAAUGAUCGAUGUUAAGGCUAAAAGUUGACCUCUUUGUUUUCUAUUUUUAUAUGCUAAAAUAUCGAACCGUAUCAAAACUGUGCAGUGGUGUUCUUCGUCUUCAUUGUUUUGGUUGUGUCGUUUUUUUUUUCGUAUCUCGUUUAAUUUUGUUUAUUAUUUGUGCAUAUACACCCAUCCACCGCCCAACCGCCCGCCCACCCAAAACGACUAGCAACACCUUUACCUCUAGCUAUCUAAACAUCUAUUGUCUAUUCAAUUGAACGUUCUACUAGUGCGUGUGUGUGUGUGUGUGGUUGUGUGUAUAUAAACUUGUGUUUCUGUAAGACAUUUUUGUUUUAGUUAAAAAUUUUGUAAUUAAUUUAACUAUUAGUUAAAUGACAAACACCAAACCAAUUAUAAGCGUACAUACAUGCAUACAUACAUACAUACAUACUACUACUACUACUCUGUUACAUGCAUACUUUUGUAUAAAUAUAUUUUUCCCUCAUAAAUAAAUUUAAUAAAUUUAUUGAACCAUGACAUUUU